AUGGCGGCGCAGGCAGCUCUGAUUGCCGACACCAUUGUUGGCAUGAAGAGAGCCCUCCGCAAGGAGAAUGACUACUCUGGACCCGACGAUCCGAUCACUCAACCAACAAAUCGGGGUAAUAAACUACACACAAACUCGAACUUCGUCCGAGAAGGUGCUCUCGGUUACAUACAUCCGGAGGAGCUUUAUAAACAGAAAAUUGAACAUGCUGGAUACACGCGUUAUAUCCUGCAGCCUAAUCCCGUGCGCUAUGAUUCAGAAGGUGAUGAGUUGGACGAGGAUGACGAAGAUUCCGAAGCUGAUGCCGCUGCGGCGGCAGAAAAUCCAUUCUCGGAAAUUGCGCUUGAAAACUUCCUUUGCCCUCUAAAACACCCGUCCGAGCUCCCUACCCAUCCUUCCCUAUCGCACGCCUAUACGUCAAAGGCGCUGCUGCACAUGACGCAGGCAAUCGAAGCCAAACUCCGCCAAGAAAGAGCACUGCUUUGGCGGGCCAGGAAUCUGCACCGGCAGUUUUUGGGAGACAGUUCUUGGAUGCCGUCUGGUGCAGUGGAGACGCCUGAAGACAGAUGGAUCUUUGAGCCCCGGAUAGCCCAUACGACGCGUAGCUCACCUGGGAGUCAAUACAGACAUAACGGGGCCGCAAGUCCUUUGGUGCCAGGGCCUUCGGCUCAGAAAAGCAGUGUGCAAGGCACGUCCGUGGGUGCAAGUGAUUCAAAGUCGCCUCAGCCUCCCCAGAACGAGAAUUCCCAGGACAAAACUGCCGCAGAUAAGGACGUUGAGAUGACCGACAUUCAUGGCCAGGAGACGACGCACAAAGAAAUCGUCACAAAUGCGCUUGAACAACCCCGAGAGCCGAAAUCAGAAGAAGUUGAUACCCCAGUUGGCGACCUGCCUCAUCAUUCAGAGACCAUCAAUCAAGUCAUACAAGUCAAUGGAAGCCUCACGGCAAACGCAAAGUCUAAUGGGGAUAAAGUGACGAACUCAGAUGGCACUUCGGACAAGGAUGGCAAGGAGCGCGAAGGUGCCACAAACCAGGGCAAUGCGCAGCCUGAUCCUGAACUCCGAGACGAUGCACAGGUAGACGGGACGGAUGCGGACGCAGAUGCAGAUGCAGAAAUGCAAGAUGGAUCAUCUCCCGAGCCACCUCGGCGCAUGACGACCCGGGCACAGGCUAAUGCAGCGAACCCACAGGAGGGCGAAUCUGGACCCCUCUCCCCGUCCCCUUCUGACGACACAUUAGGGAGUCUUCCGACACCCCAUCCUCUUUUCCUUAUACCGGACUCUGUUCGGCCAGAUUCGAACUUCGGCCUCCCGCCCAACGAAGCGGAAGAGACACGUCGACUGCUUUGGUCUUAUGUACAAAAGCAGGAGGAGACCGUUCGUGGAUUUGAGCAUAUGCUGGAGUCUCUGCUCCGGGCCAAUCGGAUGAAAGAGGAUGUGCUCGAGUGGUGCAAAGCGGAGGGGCACGUGGGCGAGAUGAGCGAUGGAGAAGACUGGUACGAUCGGGAGAAAUGGGGCCUUGCCGAAGGAGAAGACCUUAAGAAGGGUGCUGAUGAGGAUGAAAUCGAACCGGUGGAAGAGAGCCGGACGUCGACCAAGAGAGGCCGAGGUCGACGGGCAUAG